AUGCUCCCAGGAGACACAAUUCCUGAAAAGGAUGUGGUUGGAAUAAUUGCCUUUCUUUACUUCUUGUGUCUGAUACUGAUUGUGGAGAAUGGCUAUAUCCUUGUAGUGCUGGCCAGUGAAUGGGCACGGUGUGGGACACUUCCCCCAAGUGAAAAGAUCUUGGCCUUCUUAAGUGCAUCUCGCUUCUUCCUGCAGUGGGUGAUAUGUGGAAAGAACUUGUACAUCUUGCUCUAUCCAAUGGCCUUCUAUUACAACCCUAUAUAUCAGUGCAUUUACUUCCAGUGGGAUUUUUUUAACUCUGUUUGUGUAUGGUGCUCUGCUUUGCUCAGUGUCUUCUAUUGUGUGAAAAUUGCAACCUUCACGCACCCUGUCUUCCUCUGGCUGAAAUGGAGGAUCUCCAGGUGCAUGACCUGGCUAUUACUUGGCUCCCUUGGUAUCAGCUUUGCUAUUGCCUGCCUAUUUUUCAUAGGCAACUAUUAUAUCUAUUAUGUCUACUCAAUGAGAAGUAUUGUAUCUGAGAAUCGUACUAGGGGAAUUUUUAGAAGAAAAAUGGAAAGAUACUACUUUUUCCCUCUGAAAAUAGUUGCUUAUUCAAUUCCAGCCACCAUCUUCUUCGUCUGUAUGUUUUUGCUUAUCACUUCCCUGGAAAGACACAGAAAGAGGAUGCUACAUAGCGAUUCUGGCCUCAGGGACUCCAGGACGCAGGCUCACACCAGGGCUCUCAAGACACUCAUCUCCUUCUUCAUCCUAUUUACCUCCUAUUUUUUGGCAUUAAUGGUCAAUGCUUCAAACGUCUUGCCCUCUUUGAGGUCAUGGUACUGGGGGUGGCAGGUUUUGAUUCACCUGUGCACAGCAAUCCACUCCACAAUUCUGAUCAUGAAUAACCCCCGGCUAAGAGGUGUGCUGGAGAGAAAGAGCUGCUUGAGAGAUGGGAUUUUCUAA